AUGGACAAUUUUCUAAAUUAUCAGUGUACGGAAGAAUCUUGGCAACAAAAUAAUAUACUCUCUGUAACUUCUUAUCGGCAUGAAGCUCAGCCAACAGCGAAACAGCGGUGUCAAGCCAACGCACGUGAGAGGGACCGAACACAAAACAGCGUGAACACGGCCUUUAACACGCUGCGUUUGCUGAUCCCCACGGAGCCACCCGACAGGAAGCUUAGCAAGAUCGAAAUACUUCGACUCGCCGGCAGCUACAUCACGCACCUCGAUAAUCAACUCUACACAGGAGAAAUGGAAAAACCGUGCCUUUUGAAAACUGACGUAGGCGACAAUGACAAAUCACUAUGCACUUUUUGCUGUACCGUUGUUAAAAAAGAUAAAUCGUCACCACCACACAACGGUUACUAUAGGAAGUCUCGCUAA